AAAACGAAAGAGAUACUCUUGGUUGUUCAAAAAAGAAUCUAACCCGACUGGCUUCUGACCUCGACCAGUUCUUCUAUAUUGUCAUCUCCCUUAUAUAAUUAUAACUCUGUGCACAACUCCUUCCUCCAUUGUAAGUUGUAACUCCAAUUUCUUUGAUGAAAAUGGCGUCUCGGUUCAAUCUCAUAGUUGUGUUGUCACUUUGUCUUAGUUUGUGCCUCUUCCCAACUCCAACGGCUAGUCUACAGCAAAAUUACUAUGCCAACAUCUGUCCAAAUGUGGAAAACAUUGUUAGAGACGCUGUCAAAAAGAAAUUCAAUCAAACGUUUGUUACAGUUCCUGCAACCAUUCGUCUCUUCUUUCAUGAUUGCUUUGUCCAGGGUUGUGAUGCUUCGGUGAUAAUAGCAUCCACUGCAAGUAACACGGCGGAGAAAGAUAACCCUGACAAUCUCUCAUUAGCCGGAGAUGGAUUCGACACCGUCAUCAAAGCCAAGGCCGCUGUUGAUGCUGUCCCAAGCUGCACUAAUAAGGUUUCGUGUGCUGAUAUUCUAGCAAUGGCGACCCGAGAUGUCAUUGCACUGUCUGGUGGGCCUUCAUACGCGGUUGAAUUGGGAAGAUUGGAUGGGCUAGUUUCAACAGCUGCAAGUGUAAACGAAAAGCUGCCACAACCAACCUUCAAUUUGAACCAGCUCAAUGCUUUGUUUGCUGCUAAUGGGCUCUCUCAAGAGGACAUGAUCGCUCUCUCAGCGGCUCACACGGUUGGAUUCUCUCAUUGUAGCAGGUUUGCUAACCGGAUCUACAAUUUCAGCACUCAGAAUCUGGUAGACCCGACACUAAACAAGACAUACGCGACCCAACUUCAAGGAAUGUGCCCGCAAAAUGUGGACCCCAGGAUCGCCAUUAAUAUGGAUCCAAACACGCCUCAGAUCUUUGAUAAUAUGUACUUCAAGAAUCUAAAGCAACACAUGGGCCUUUUCACCUCCGAUGAAGUCCUCUUUACAGACCCUAGGUCCAAGCCCACAGUUGAUGCAUGGGCCUCAAGUUCGACAAACUUCCAAAAAGCCUUUGUCACUGCAAUAACCAAGCUGGGUCGGGUCGGAGUCAAAACGGGUAGCAAUGGGAAUAUUCGUCGUGAUUGUGCUGUUUUUAAUUGAAAAAAAUUAAAUUAAACUUUUUUUUUUUGGGCUAAACCAAUUGAGAAAAUUAAGACCAAAAAAAAAAGGAAAAAAUAAAUUAAAAUGUGAGUCAAGAGUCGAGAUCGAGACGUAAGAAAAUCAUGCUGGCAAGCAUUAUUUUGUACACCAACAUUUCCCUUUCAAUUACAUUUUAUUUGUUCUUCUUUUAA